AUGAUGUUGAAGUCAUUAGUGUUGACUGUUGUUGUUAGUGUUUACAGUGUCAGUGCUCUACAUCUUGCUGCUUUCAACAUCAGAAGAUUAAGUGCUCGUGCUGUUAGUAACACUGCUGCUCUAGACCACAUGAUCCAGAUAGUAAGUAGAUAUGAUAUAGCCGUUAUAGAGGAAGUGAUGGAUCUUACUGGUAUUGGUAAAAUUGUAUCUGGGUUGAAUAGCAAAGGGUCUGUUAAAUAUGCCUUUGUUCACAGUAGUAAAAUUGGUAGAACAUCUUAUAAAGAAUAUUAUGGUUUCAUCUACAGAACUGAUAAAGUAUCGGUAAAGAAGACGUAUCAAUAUAAUGAUGUACCUGAUUGGUUUGAGAGAGAGCCAUUCUCAGUCUUGUUUCAUGUUCCAACUGCAGCAAUAAAGGAUUUUGUAUUGACUGGAACUCACAUUAAACCUUCUGAUGCUCCUGCUGAAAUUGGUCAUUUACCAACAGUCUAUGAUGAAGUAUCUUCUGCUUUGGGAACUAAGAAUGUAUUAAUAGCCGGUGAUUUUAAUGCUGAUUGUAGCUAUUUAAGUGCAACUAAAGAAACUGCUAGUCCUUUACAUGCAGACAGUAGAUUUACUUGGUUAAUCUCCACAGCAGUUGAUUCAACAGCUAGUCAUCAUACCAACUGUGCUUAUGACAGAUUUGUAGUAGUAGGAUCUGAAUUUAAAGCUGCUAUUGAUCCCAAAUCAGCUAAAGUUUAUAAUUAUGAAACUGGUCUUCAUUUAACAUUCGAUGAGGCAUGGGCUGUAAGUGAUCACUAUCCUAUAGAGUUGAUUAUUAAAGAUUCAAGUCAUGUUAUUGGAUAA